AAAGAAAGAAAUGGAAAACUUUCAGAAAUGCAAAAACUGAACUCUAAACUUGUAGAAAUGGUAAAAACGAACUUCUAUGGCUUUUCUCAAAAGUCACAUUUAUGUAAAAUUGAUUUAUUUUAUCACUGAUAUUUUAUAUUUUUCAACCUCUCUAUACAAAUGCAUUCAUGUUUUAAUAUGUAUUCUUGUCAAACGCAAAUAAAUAUGAUUUUGAUGAGACAGAAAACAUCUCUUUUAAUUUUAAAUGUGAUAAACAAAGGGAGCCUUCGGUGUAAAAUCAACUAUUUAUUACCAGCUAAGUAGAAAAUUAAUUAAUUAAUUGAUAUUUAUUAAAACAAAUUUGUCUUAGACUUUGCCAAUAAAAUGUGUAAAUCAAGGUUCACUUUAUAGUAUUAGAAAUCAGCUUUUGUUAAUUAAUGAUCAGUUUCACUGAAUGAUAAUUGAGAGCGCAUUAUAUGAAAUCAUUUUUAAACAAAUAUGUAAUGAACUUUAAGGUAAUAAAAAUGUUACACUUAAGUCAAAUAAUUAUAAUAUUGUCUUACCAUUUGGAUAUCAGGCUCAAUCAAAAUCAAUUUAUUUAUAAAAAUCUAUUUAUGCGGAUGAAAGAAAGCAUUCUAUUAGGCUAUCAAUUUUUAACAUUUUAAAAUAUUGAAUCAGAAAUCAUAAAUAAGGGGCGCCUUUUUGUUAUAUCCUGCCACCUCGUGGCGAGAUAUGGGAAUGGCAAAUCCUGCUGUGUACAAGUAGCUCGCGGAACAGUCCGCGCGAAUCAUUCUGUCAAUUCCGGACUCACUUGAGACACAUUUAGUGCACGGGAUUUGAACAAGAGAGGAGACCCAGCAAGCCGGGCAAUUCACUCUGAUAAACCGAAAGAUGGCUUUCAGGACGCCUUCUGUUCAACUGCACCUUAAAACGUGCAUUCUUUUACUUCUAGUGGGUCUGAUAACCGAAGCUACCACAGAGCAAGGAAGCAUGUACAUGUGGAUCGAUGCCAAUCAAGCAAGAAUAUUAAUUGGUUUUGAGGAAGAUAUUUUAAUAGUCUCAGACGGGAAAAUGGCCCCAUUCACACAAGACUUCAGGAAAGCACAGCAGCGGAUGCCAGCAAUACCUGUCAAUAUCCACCACGUGAACUUCACCUGGCAAGCCACUGAUCAGGCAGAGUUUUUCUAUGAGUUUCAGACUUUGCGUUCAAUGGAUAAGGACAUUAUGGAUGACCCCACUGUCAACAUUCCUCUCUUAGGCUCAGUGCCGCACAAAGCCUCUGUGGUCCAGGUGGGCUUCCCAUGUCAGGGUGACCAGGAUGGUGUCGCAGCAUUUGAGGUGACCAUCCUGGUGAUGGAUGCUGGUGGAAACAUCAUCCUUAGGACUCCACACAACGCCAUCUUCUUCAAGACCUGCCAAAGAGCGAAGUGUCCUGGUGGUUGUCGCAAUGGAGGCUACUGCAAUGAGAGGCAAGUCUGCGAGUGUCAGGAUGGUUUUUAUGGUGUGCACUGUGAGAAAGCGCUGUGCUCCACUAGAUGUCUGAAUGGUGGUCUGUGUAUGAGUCCAGAUGUGUGUAUAUGUCCUCCCGGUUUCUAUGGACCCAGCUGUGAGAAAGCUAACUGCACCACCACCUGUUUAAACGGAGGAACGUGUUUCCAUCCUGGGAAAUGCAUCUGUGCUGCUGGCUUUGAGGGCAGCCGCUGUGAGCUGAGUAAAUGUCGGCAGCCUUGCAGAAAUGGAGGCAAAUGCAUGGGGAGGAACAAAUGCAAGUGUAGUAAAGGUUACCAUGGUGAUCUGUGCUCCAAAGCUGUCUGCGAGCCCAGCUGUGGAGCACACGGGACCUGUGUAGAGCCCAACAGGUGCCAGUGCAGGGACGGUUGGCAUGGACGUCAUUGCAAUAAGAGAUUUCGUGGUGGAACCUCCAACAGUCAGCGUGUCUCAGGUUCCAAGCACAAGUCACAGCCUGCAGCAGCAAAGGACACCAAGGAAGCCCCUGAAUCCAGUCAGCCCUCUGACACCAACUAUGCAGUUUAAACUUCCACAUUUUGGCCAGUGGUGUCUGGCCAUCCCCUACCUUUCAACACCGCCUUUCUUGAAACAGAUCUUUUAUCCUCCUCUUCCAAUCCCCAUCAGUGCCAACAGGACCCUCCCAACCCGGACUGCUGCUUUCUCAGAGCAAGACUUGUUUUUGUAGUACAGUCAUAGUGUCUUAUUUUACCACACUAGUUCCUUGAUAUAAUAUCUCCCACAGUUCCCCUUCAUUGAGCUUCUGGCCUGGCAUCAGCUAUGUAGGGAGUGAAUCACGGGGUUGUUUGUCUAGUGUUGUGGACGUCUGAGAUGUUUGUGAGUUGCCCUCUGGUUUAGCUUCAGAUGUGGGGGUGAAUCACUGGGUGAAUUUUACGUUACAGCACAAGAACUUCUGUGUGAGGAUCCGGCUACGGAUGGUAAUUACUAUGUUUGGCUUGCGUUGAAGAUUUAUUUUAUUUACCUGCUUAUUUUGUAAACAUGAUGUUGUCAUUUCCUACUCAGCAAAAACCGUUUCCUUAAUCAGUAUUUUGGUCUUGUUUUCCAGCAAAACAUUUUUUUACACAUCCUUAAAAGAAUAGUUCACCCAAAAAUGAAAAUUCUGUCAUCAUUUACUCAUUUACAUGUUGUUCCAAACUGAAAUAACUUUUUUUUUUCUUCUUUUUUUCUGUGGAACACAAAAGGAGAUGUUAAGCAGAAUGACAGCCUCAGUCACCAUUCACUUUCAUUGUAGGGAAAAAGAUGAAACAUAAUAAGAAUUGUUUUGAGAGAAUAUAUCUUGAAUGAUUUUUCUUACCACAUUGGCAAAUUGUUUUUAUUCUUUUAAGCAUAAACCUCACUCAAUUUUGAAACAUUAGUGCUUAAAACAAGAAGAAGAAGAAAAGAAAAAAACUAUUUGCCAGUGGGGUAAGAAAAAAAUAUAUUUUAGUUAAUAUUUGGUUAUUAAAUGUAUUGAUAUUUUUACAGGAAAACAAGGGAAAAGUACUGAUUAAAUAAAUAUUUGCAGUGUAUCAUCACUAACAUUGUAAAAACACAAUUAUUUAGUAACUUGAGAUAUUUCUGGAAUAAGUACUUGUAUAACAACUUCCCUGAAUAUGUAUUCUGUUCAUGCUUUGUAAAAUUUAAAUAUAUAUAGAUUAUAUACUGUAUACUGUAGAUAUAACAAUGCACAUAAGCUGCUUGUAACAUCAUACACAUGACACACACACACACACACAAAAUUAUCAUUUUUUAUCCAUGUGACUUAAUGAAUUAUAAAAAUAAAAUGUUCCA